AUGGACGCCCACGACCACCUUUUCUACGCCACGGAAAUGAUCUCUCUCCUGAAGGAGGAUUGGACGGAUGCUCAGGAGGAGAACCUUUUCCUCCUGGAUGAAAUCGAAGACGUUAAUUUGAAUGAAGCAGAUCUGAUCAGAACAAACCAAGAUUUACUAGAUCAGUUGAUGGAAGAAAAGCAUAACGUUGAAACGCUAGGUAGAGAUCGCGACUCUGCUGAAGAAGAGAAUAAACACCUGAAGAAGAAGCUCGCAGAUUUGGAGAAGUCAUUAUUCCAGAAGGGAAAGGAAAUAGAAAAUCUACACGAGCACCUCACAAGUAAAGAGAAAGAAUGUGAGAAAAGCCGAGAAAAAGUAGAAGAACUGCAGAAACAAGCAGAGGACAAUGAUUUCUACUGUGGGUACCUCGAGGAGAAGGUGAAGGCCCACGAAGCAGAGAGAAAGAGACUGACCCAGGUGGCAACGGAACUCGAGGAGAGAUUGAUAGCCUCACAGCGAGAACCAGUGUCUGUUCUCGCAAGAAAUCAUGAUCCAGAGAAAAAUCCCAGUCGUGAGAUGCAGGAGACUCGAGGUCUGCAGAAGGAGGUCCAUAUCAUGGAAGCCAGAGUUCAGUUGCUUCCAAAGAUGAACGAAGAUGAAAAGCAUAAGAGUAAUGCUCUGGUUGAAGAAGCCAAGGGGAAAGGAAACAUGUUCUACAAGCUUGGACGCCUAGAAGAAGCUUGUGAAUGUUUCCUCAGAGUACUUGAUGUGGCCGAUGACCAAGCAGACUACAGGCUGAGACUGGGAUUGUGUCUCUUGUUGCUUGGCAAACACAGUGAAGCUAUGGUCCAGCUUGAGAAAUUAGAUGGUCAAGAUGAUUUGGUUGCAGGCGCCAAAGCCUUGCAAAGAAUGCAAUGUCAUGGCUGCCCCUACUACAUCCUGGGAAUUGCAGAAAAGGCUAAUUUGAAGGACAUAGAGUGGGCCUACAGGAAGCGGGCCCUCAAGUUUGACCCUGAUAGGUGCCGAGGGUCUGAAGAAGAGCGACAACGCAGGAAGGAAAUCAUGCAGAAGAUCAACUAUGCCAACGAUCUCCUGCGUGACACUGAGGAAAGACAAGAAUACGACGCUGUCAGGGAGUUCAUCAAGGACCUGGCAGCCAAAGUGUUUCAAGAUCCUCAGGAGACUAUGAAGGUAAACAGGAAGAAAGCUGGAAGGGCAAAGAAGAGGACAAACACUAAAGGAAACUAG